ACGGCCAGCUCGAGGAUAGCUUCGCCCCGGCUAAUUUCAUCAGAAAGCAAACGGUCACAAGGUUUGAAAUUGAGCGGCUGCCUCUUCUUUCUGCUUUUCGAGCCCUCCGUUGCCGAUCGCAUCACACAAUCUCCCACCCGUCCGUCCGUCCCUACGUCGCCCUCGGGAACCUUGAAUCACGACACGCUGCACCAGCACCCGACGAUUCCUAGAGGAGCACAUCACAGCGCGCGCGCACAGUUCCAAUUCCAGCCCUUGCUUGAUCCCAACUACGCCCUCUCUCGCGACACAUUCCCGAUCACAGCCACUUCCAACCUGCGCGAGGAGCAUCGACCUUGUCACCCGGCCCAGUCACUACACCAGCACGUUUUCCUUGAAAACCCCUGAGUGUAGAUAGACGAGCCUAGAAGAAAAAGAAGAAAAAAGAAGAAGAUCAAAUUUACAUACGCGUGUGAAGAAAGUUUCCAAUCGCCACAAUGUCUGCAUCCCCGCCAACCCAGACGACCAACUCAGCCAAGCGUCCCCUCGAGGCGCCUUCAUCACCUUCGCACGAGGGCGACCAGCCCGACGCCAAGCGACCUGCCCUCGACAAGGUCGUGCAGCACGACAAUGAAGUCGAACACGAAGCGGCCCCCGUCGCCACCGAGGAGCAAGCCGCGCCCGAACCUGCGGCGCACGAGGAUGGCGAUGACGACGGCGCCAGUGUCACCGUCGGCGAAGAGGCGGAGCCCAUGCCGGAAGUAGCUGACCCCAAGGCGGCGGCGGCCACCGUGGCUUCCACGACAGAAACAGCCGUCAACUCGGCAUCGGCGCACGACGAGACGGCCUGGAUACACAUCCGCGCUGUCAUCUCCAGCCCCGAGGCGGCCACGAUCAUUGGCAAGGGCGGCGAGAACGUCUCCAACAUUCGCAAGCUCUCCAACGCCAAGUGCACCGUCAGCGACUACCAGAAGGGGGCGGUCGAGCGAAUCCUGACAGUCAGCGGUAUAGUGGACGCUGCUGCCAAGGCUUUUGGCCUGAUCAUCCGCACCUUGAACAACGAGCCCCUGAACGAGGCCUCCACGGCCUCGUCCAAGACCUACCCCCUGCGCCUCUUGGUGCCUCACAUCCUGAUCGGUUCCAUCAUUGGCAAGGGUGGCGCUCGAAUCCGCGAGAUCCAGGAGGCUUCGGGUGCCCGACUCAACGCUUCCGACUCGUGUCUGCCCAUGUCGAGCGAGAGGUCGCUCGUCGUGAUGGGUGUUGCGGACGCCGUGCACAUUGCUACGUACUAUGUGGGUAGUACCCUCCUAGAGCAGUUGAACGAGCGUUUUGGAGGCCCCGCAGCCUCGGCCUAUGCCACGCGCAGCGGCCAGCCUGCCGGCUCCAUCCCCGGCGGGAUGCAGGUCGUGCCCUACUCACCACAGCCCGCGUCCGGCCACUUUGGUCGGGGCGAGAACUACUACCGCCAAAACGACCGUCGCGGUGGACACAUGCCUCCCCAGGCGUACCCGCCACAGUAUCCCCCGCACGGCGCUCACGGACACCCUCAGCAGCCUGUACCGCAGCCGUACGGAGGACCGCACGCCGGCUACGGCGCCCCUGCUCACGCGCAGCCUCAUAUGGGCGGGCCGCCGCAGCAGCCGCAAGGCCAGCCUAUGCCUCCCCAGCAGGGAGCCCCUGCCGGUGCGCCCGGUGGCCCGAUCACGCAGCAGAUCUACAUUCCCAACGACAUGGUGGGCGCCAUCAUCGGAAAGGGCGGCCAGAAGAUCAACGAGAUACGCCAGAUGAGCGGCAGCAUGAUCAAGAUCAACGACCCGCAAGACAAUAGUAAUGAGCGUCUCGUGACCGUGACUGGAACGGAGGAGUGCAACCGCAUGGCCCUGUACAUGCUGUACUCUCGUCUUGAAUCGGAGAAGCACCGCGUGUAGAUCAGGUUGCUGCCGCAGCGGUCCGGCGUCUGACCAGGAGACAACCGUGCGGCCGUUUUCCGUCAUGUAAUUUCUUUUUGUUCACUUUCUACGUUUUGAGGCGCAUCAUCGGAUUUACUACCAAAGGGUAUGCAAAAAGCAAAGAACGAUUAUCUUGGCGUGGCUUGUUGGGGGCGGUCGAAUGAAUGCAGUGCAGGGAUUAUCGUAGAGCUUAUAAUGAACGAUAGUUUGUUUGAUAUGAAUGCGUUCUCAGUGAGGUUGGAUCUCGUCUGCUUGAUCUUGCUGCCACUAGCGAUACCGUUAGAGGCCUCGGCCAUGCAGUUUACCCUACGUCUGGCCCAUAUUGACUUCCACCUUCGAUCGCUCGUUGCUAAUAU